AUGGCUCCCCACGCAAACGGCGGUGCCACCCAGACCAACGGCAAUGGCAAUGCCGCCGACUCACGAUACCACGCUGCCUCGACUGACGGCGCUAUCAAGGCCGAGAACGAGUACGCCGCUCACAACUACCACCCUCUCCCCGUCGUUUUCUCUCGCGCAAGCGGCGUCCACGUCUGGGAUCCCGAGGGUCGUCAGUACCUCGACUUUCUUUCUGCCUACAGCGCCGUCAACCAAGGCCAUUGUCACCCGGAGCUGGUGAAGGCCCUGGCGGAGCAGGCCGGCCGCUUGACCCUCAGCUCGCGCGCCUUCUACAAUGAUGUCUUUCCCAAGUGGGCUGAGAAGAUCCAGCAAGUUUUCGGCUAUGACAUGGUCCUGCCCAUGAACACGGGUGCCGAGGCCGUUGAGACUGCUAUCAAGAUUGCGCGCAAGUGGGCGUACAAGGUGAAGGGUGUCGAGCAGGGCAAGGCUUUGGUAUUCUCUGUGAAUGACAACUUCCAUGGACGAACGAUGACUGCGAUCUCCCUCUCUGUCGAUCCCGAGUCAAGAGACAACUACGGCCCGUACGUGCCUAACAUCGGUGCCAUAAACCCCUCCACUGGCAAGCCGAUUCGUUACAACAACAUUGCCGAUAUUGAGGAGGUAUUUGAGGCCCACGGCAAGGACACGGCCGCCAUCAUCAUCGAGCCGAUACAGGGUGAGGCUGGUGUUGUGGUACCCGACGAUGACUACCUGAAGCGCGUGUCGGAGCUCUGCAAAAAGCACAACGUGCUUUUCAUUUGCGAUGAGAUCCAGACGGGUAUUGGCCGCACCGGUCGCAUGCUCUGCUCUCAGUGGGCUGGCAUCAAGCCCGACAUGAUCACCCUCGGCAAGGCCAUCUCUGGCGGACUGUACCCCGUCAGCUGUGUGUUGUCUAGCAAGGAGGUGAUGCUCGUCGUGGAGCCUGGCACGCACGGUUCGACCUACGGUGGCAACCCGCUCGGCUGUGCAGUCUCGAUCCGCGCUCUAGAGAUCAUGGAAGAGGAAGACCUCACGGCUAAAGCGGAGAAGCUUGGCCACAUCUUCCGUGAUGGCAUCAAGGCCUUCAACUCACCCAUCAUCCAGACCGUACGCGGUAAGGGUCUCCUGAACGCUGUCGUGAUUGACGAGUCUGCUGCCGCCGGCCGCACGGCGUGGGAUCUGUGCUUGUUGCUGAAGGAGAAGGGCCUUUUGGCCAAGCCCACGCACGGAAACAUCAUCCGCUUUGCGCCGCCAUUGGUCAUUUCCGAGUCGGAGCUCCGCAAGGCUCUCAAUAUAAUUGGCGAGGCGCUUAAGGAGCUUCCUACCGUCGAGAAGACCGCAGACCACUGA